AUGCAAAAGGGCUUGGACUUGGCUCGAAAAGAAGGAGUCUUGACAGCGAAGAAGCAACAUUUCAUGGCUGGAACCUACAACGUGAAUCAUGACAGGAGAACUACUCACUUGCCAAGCCAAGCCGCUGCUCAUGGACUGCGGAGGACACUCUCCGACGUCAUCCAUCACGGCCAGGUACAAGGAUUCAACCAUCCGAAGAGACCUCAACGCAACUCAUGGAGUCGCGACAAGAUUUUGCAUAAUAUCGGCCCCAAAAACUGCAACCAAGUCAUCGACAUCGCCAUUGAGGGCCUCAUGGUGGCGCCCAAGAGUGCGCCUCUCUUGAAGAGGCUGUUCGAUCGGAGAGGCAAGAUCUUGCGUUUCUAUCUCGCCCUCCCCGCUUCUCUCCAGUAUUCGCGUCUGUAUACUCUCAAAGAGGGCUUUAGUGAAAGAAUCCGACGUGUCUCAGUCUCAAUUAACAGUGUUGUCCUACAGAUUACGCCAGGAAACACAGUUGCUCAGUUCAAGGACCAAGAGGCCGAAAUAUCACCAAAGGGUAGCCAGCGGCAGUACCGUCAGCUAGGCAAGCUCAUGUUCCUAGACUUGCACGCAAGCAACACCGUCAUGAGAGAACCUAGAGCAUCUUUAGCUGAACAUCAUAUGGAAGGCUUCUACUUUGUAUUUGAUUUCGCAAGGUAUCAAUUCAAGAUCUGUCACGUUGCAGAGGUCUCUCAGACUAAAGGACUGAGAAAUCUACAAGCUUUGGCUAGCAACUUUGACAAGUCUGGCAGUUUAUACGUCUACGGAAUGCUCGAGACGGACUUACAAGCCUCAACGAGCAAGCGCUUGAGCCAGAGUGAUACACACUACAUCGUUGAGAGAGACACCGUACUAACAGGAAUCGCCCGCUCAUCAUCAUACAUUGCCUGCUCGCUCACGUUCACAUUGAUGCUCCAACGACGCCGAGGUCCAACGGUGUCUCGAACGGCCCGAGACCAUUACCGGAUUCAGCAAAUCACUUGCGAUGUUUGGGGAAAAUGGUCAAUCGAUGUUGAGCUACAUCAGACCAACAAGAACGCCUCGUCCAACAGUCGACGAUCCACGCUUAGACUGUAA